CGAAUCGCGCACCCACAACACUCGCAUCGCCUGCAUCGUCGCCUGCAUCGCCUGCAUCAUCUGCAUCACCUGCAUCCAGCCACGCCAGCGACCGCCGCAGACCAGUCAAGAGACACCGAUACGCCAUGGGAAAGCGACAUCCAAAGAGCAGCAGAGGCAGGAGAAAGGGCGGCCGUGAGCGCAAUGCCAUCACCCGCGGCGAAGGCUCGAGCCAUUACAUCUCCGACUUUAACCAGAACAAUGAAAAGUUCAACACCUAUUACAAAGCCCAGGGCAUCUUGACCGAGGAGGAGUGGGAGGAGAACAUGGCGUGCAUGAAGACGCUGCUGCCCACCAACUUCCGAUUCACCGGCAGCCGCAGUCAUGCCGUCGAGCUCCGAGAUCUGAUGGUCAAGGAGUACUUCCCCGACAUCAAGGACUUUGAGGUCGAUGGCGAGCUGAUCAAGGUGCCUCUGCCCACACCAUUGCCGUGGUACCCCAACAACCUCGCCUGGCAGUUCGACUGUCCCCGCAAUGUCCUCCGCCGAUCGCCUGAGAUUGGAAAGUUCCAUCGAUUCUUGGUUUCGGAGACGGAAGUGGGCAACAUCAACCGCCAAGAGGCCGUCAGCAUGAUUCCCGUGCUGCUGCUUGACGUCAAGCCCGAGCAUAUCGUCUUGGACAUGUGUGCUGCUCCCGGUAGCAAGACGGCCCAACUGAUCGAGGCCAUCCACGCCACUGAAGAAGUCAUUCCCCCUGGGCUUGUCCUCGCCAACGACGCCGAUUACGACCGCAGCCACAUGCUGAUCCGUCAGGUCAAGCGCCUGCAGAGCCCCUGUCUGAUGGUCACCAACCACGAUGCCCAGUGCUUCCCUUACAUUUACUUUGGCGCAAAGGGCACCAACUGCAAGUCUCUCCAGUUUGAUCGCAUCCUGUGCGAUGUGCCUUGCAGUGGCGACGGCACAAUCCGCAAGAACAAGACCAUCUGGAGCUCCUGGCAUCAGAACCAAGGCAUGGCCCUGCACAAAAUCCAGGUCAACAUCCUACAGCGCGCGUGCGAGCUGCUCAAGAUUGGCGGCAACAUUGUCUAUUCAACUUGCUCUUUCAACCCUGUCGAGAACGAGGCCGUUGUCGCGGAGCUGCUGCGCCGACACAAAGGCUCUCUCGAGCUGGUCGACAUCUCGGAGACGCUUCCUGAGCUCAAGCGCAAGCCGGGCAUCUCGACUUGGAAGAUCCUGUGCAAGGACGACCAGUUCUAUGACAAGUUCGAGGACGUGCCCAAGGAGAAUCGCCGAAACUGCCCCGAGUCGGUCUUCCCACACCCCGACAACACCACGCUGCAUCUGGAUCGCUGCAUCCGCCUGUAUCCCUACCUCCAGAACACUGGCGGGUUCUUUGUCGCCUUGCUGAAGAAGACGGGACCUAUUGGCUCCUUGGACCGAACGGAUGUCACAGCCGAUCAAGUGCUGGCCGAGUUGGACGAGAAGGAGGCUCUCAUCAAGAAGGAAAGCGAAGAGGCCGGAGGCCAUGGCUCGAGCAAGAAGACCAAGACCGACGACGACAGCGAGAAGCAGGCGGCCGAUGCUGCCCAGAAGCCUGUCGAAUUGGACAAUCCCAAGCACCUGGACAAGGCUUGGUCUGGCAAGGAGGAUCCCUUUGUGUUCCUGACUCCUGACCACACUGACAUUGUUUCGUGCGGCAACUUUUAUGGUCUGGACGCCAACUUCCCGCGCGAUCGAUUCGUGGUCCGAUCCGAGACGGCCCAGCACCGCACAAUCUACUUUGUCUCCCAGUCGGUCAAGAACAUUCUGAAGGCAUACAAUUCGAGCCGUCUCGAGAUUGUCAACUCGGGUGUCCGCAUGUUCUCCCGCAAUGUCGGUGACGGGGGCAUUGCCUGUCCCUAUCGUCUGAACAACGAGGGCUUGUACAUCCUCGACCCGUAUCUGAACAACAGAACGGCCAAGGCUUGCCUGGCCGACAUCCUGGUGUUGCUCACAGUCGACUACCCCAAAUUCAAGGAGUUUACCCCAGAAACCAUGAAGGUUCUUGAGACCAUGGAGCAAGGCAGUUUUGUCCUGCGGUUCAACCCUUCCGAAGAGCCAGGCUACACGGGCAGCCUCCAACUGCCCAUCACGCUGCCUGUCUGGCGUGCCAAUGUCAGCGCAUCGCUGCUGCUCAACCGCCACGAGCGCCGAGCCCUCAUGGCCCGCCUGACGGGCGAGGAGUGGAUCGAGUCCAAGAUCACGGGUGCGGAAAAGAGGGCCAAGCGAGUCGAGAGGGCAGCCGGUGCCGGUGCCGCCGACGACGAGGCCGGGGACAACGGGGAGGAAGACGGCGACGAUGGAGCCGAGGACGACGAGGACAAGAACGGCGGGGAGAGCGAUGCCCAGGAAGAAUAGGAGACGCACUGUCCAGUGCAAAUUUGAAUACAUCGGGAGCUCGCCACCCAA